CUUCAGAUCUGGUCAUCUCUCUCUUAUGCUGUCUCUCUUUCUCUCUAUCUAGUUCUUCAUCUUCUACACCAUGAAUAAGGGGUUGUAACAAGUAGUAGCAAGAAGCAAGAGCAACCUUCUAACUCGUCCUUGUUUUGUAUUUUUUUAACCGGUGAUUUUCGUGUUCCGAUGGGUAACGGGAUAGGGAAGUUAACGGUGUGCUUCACCGGCAACGGUGGCGGGGGUCGUCGGAAGCAGGACAUAUCCAUUUUAAUAACGGAGCCGUUAGACGAGGGACUGGGUCACUCUUUCUGCUAUGUUCGACCCGACCCGACACGGAUAUCGUCGUCGAAGGUUCACUCUGAGGAAACGACGACGUUUAGAACAAUCUCAGGCGCAUCAGUGAGCGCGAACACGUCGACACCGUUGUCGACGGCGUUCGUGGACCUCUACUCGUACGGUUGCAUAGACAGAGCCGCGGCGUUCGAAAGUUCAACCUCGUUCGCUUCGCUUCCUCUUCAACCGAUUCCGAGAAACCUCAUGAAUUCCGGUCCCUUUUCCGGAAACCUUGGUGGUGGCGGCGGUAGUGGAUUUCCGGUUUCGGGUCCUUUGGAAAGAGGGUUCAUGUCGGGUCCGAUCGAGCGCGGGUUUAUGUCGGGUCCAAUCGAUCGCGGGUUGUUUUCGGGUCCGAUGGAGAGGGAUGGAUCGGAUCAGUUUCAGAGAAGCUUCUCGCAUGGCGGUUUAGGGCUUGGAUUGAGAGCGAGAACGAGGAAGGGGCGGUGGAUUCGAGUUCUUCAGCGGGCAAUUUCGAAGACUCUGUCUCGGGGGCAGAACUCGAUCGUUGCUCCGAUCAAAGGGGUGGUGGUGAAGGAGCCGGAGUGGAUGGUUGCGGCGGCGGAGAAGCACAAUGAGAAUUUGAGUGUGAAUUUGAGCAGUGAGGGUAGUUUAGAAGACGAUGAUUCAAUGGAAAGUCAAAACCUUCAAUGGGCUCAGGGGAAAGCAGGGGAGGAUCGUGUCCACGUUGUGGUGUCUGAGGAACACGGUUGGGUUUUCGUGGGGAUCUAUGAUGGUUUCAAUGGUCCUGAUGCACCUGAUUAUUUGCUCUCCAAUCUCUACACCGCCGUGCACAAGGAACUGAAGGGAUUGUUGUGGGAUGAUGGGUCUGCAUCCGAGAAUUCGAUGCUUCUCACUGGUGUUGAUGUUGGUUUGAAAGAGGACACGUUUGUGGGAGAUUUAGAUGCUUGUUCUCAGUGUGUUGAACGAGAGAAUAAUCGUCCUUGUCCAAGUGGGGAUGCGGUUUUGAAGAGUAAAAGGGUUAAGAGUUCAAAGAUCAAGUACAAAGGUGCUGCCAAGAAAUGGGAGGAGAAUCAAAGGAGGUGGAAGUGUGAAUGGGAUAGGGAAAGGUUAGAGCUUGAUAGAAGAUUGAAGGAGCAGCUAUGUUUGAGUCGAUCUGGGUCUGGUGGUGCCACUUCUAUUAAUCAUUCCGAUGUGUUGGAAGCUCUAUCUCGGGCUCUCAGGAAAACUGAGGAGUCUUAUCUGGAUAUUGCGGAUAAGAUGGUCAUGGAGAAUCCUGAACUUGCUUUGAUGGGUUCUUGUGUUCUUGUGAUGUUGAUGAAGGGGGAGGAUGUUUACGUGAUGAAUGUUGGGGAUAGUCGAGCCGUGUUGGCUCAAAAGGCUGAGCCUGAUUAUUGGCUUGGGAAAAUUAGGCAGGACUUGGAAAGAAUCAAUGAAGAGACAAUGAAUGAUCUUGAAUCGUGGGAUGUUGAUACGUCCAACUUGGUUCCAAGUCUAAGUGCUAUUCAGCUUACCAAAGAUCAUAGUACAUGUGUUGACGAAGAAGUCCAGAGAAUAAGAAAAGAGCACCCGGAUGAUCCUUGUGCUGUGGUAAAUGAACGUGUGAAGGGUUCUCUCAAGGUUACCCGAGCAUUUGGAGCCGGAUUUCUCAAACAGCCCAAGUGGAACAAUGCACUUUUGGAGAUGUUUAGAAUAGACUACGUAGGGAAUUCUCCUUACAUCAGCUGCCUACCAUAUCUAAAACACCACAGAUUAGGCCCAAAGGACAAAUUUUUGAUUCUAUGCUCCGAUGGGCUCUAUCAGUACUUGUCAAACGAAGAAGCAGUAGCUGAAGUUGAACUUUUCAUCACAUUGCAACCUGAGGGAGACCCAGCUCAGCACUUAGUUGAAGAAGUUUUGUUUCGUGCUGCAAAGAAAGCUGGUUUGGUCUUUCACGAGUUACUUGAAAUUCCACAGGGUGAUAGGCGUCGUUACCAUGAUGAUGUUUCCAUCAUUGUUAUUUCUUUGGAGGGAAGGAUAUGGAGAUCAUGUGUAUAAAUAAAAAUACUGAAAGCCAUAUGUUAUUAUAUAUAUAAAAAGAAGAGGACAUGAGAUAUAUACUGCCGAAGGGUGAGGCAUCCUUUUUGCUGUUUUCUCCCUCACUACUCACCCUUUGUAAAAUACCAACUAAGCUCUUGGAGAGUGCCUAGUUGUGCAAUUCAGUGAGUGGUGAGGAUUGUAAAGUUGUAAAAGCUGGAUUUUGUUGAUUAUAACUCACUUAAAAUUGUAAUUUUUGUAAUAAAAGUCAUUCCUUGAAAACCUUUUAGUCGUGCAGAAAGCACUAUCACCCUCAGUCACUUUGUGCAACUCUGGUUGGCAAAUGGCAUGGCUAGUCAUUUGUGCAUUAGCAUCUUUAUUAUUUUCAAAAUAAAAAUACCCUCAAUAAUAUAUUCCAAAAUGCCUACAAUAAGGUUCAUGCAG